AUGGAUGAAAGGCUUAGGGUUGAGGCUGAGGAUGAAGGGGUUAGAGUUGAUGAUGAGGAUGGUUAUGUUAGUGAAGAAGAUAAGGACUACGUUGCAAGUGAUGAAGAAAGUGAAGAUGACUCUUAUAUAGGUGUUGAUGGAGCAGAAUGGUAUUGGACUAGUGAAAUACCUGUUGGGGGUGGAACCAUGAAUGAAAUAGAAACUGUUGAUGAAGAGUCUGACCAAGAUGAAAGUGACUUACACACUCCUGUUGAGAGUGAUGAUGAAAUUGUUCAUAGAAGGAAAUUUCCUACUUUCAAAGUUCCUGAAAAUGAUGAAGCUGUUAGGCUUGAUAUUGGUAUGCAGUUUGCUUCAAAGGAACUAGUCAUGGAUGCUAUCAGGGAUCAUGCUAUGGAAACAAAGACAAAUUUAUGGUUCUACAAAAAUGAUGCUAUUAGGGUUGUUGUGAAAUGUCAAACAAACUGUCCAUAUCAUAUGUUGGUUGUUAAAAGGAGUGCAAGUCAGUAUUGGCAAAUAACAAGUUUGACUAAGGAUCAUGAGUGUGUUAGAUCAGCUGGGAAUAAACAAGCUAAAACUAAGUGGCUAGCAAAGAAGUUUAUACCUUUGAUUAGACACACCCCUCAUAUCAAACCUAAUGGAUUGGUUGAUGAGGCAUUUCUUAGGUGGAAUGUUAAGCUCAACCAUUUUCAAGCAUAUAGGGCAAAGAAGAGAGCAUUAGAGUUGAUAGAAGGUGCUAGUAGUGAGCAAUAUGCACACUUAAGAAGCUAUGCUGAAGAGUUGAGAAGGUCAAAUCCUAAUAGCACAAUCAUAAUCAAAUGUGGGACAUCUGAAAUAGGUCCUGUCUUUGAAAGGAUUUAUAUUUGCCUAGAGGCUUGUAAGGCUGCUUUUGCUCACACUUGUAGACCAUUAAUUGGAUUGAAUGCUUGCUUUUUGAAAGGAGAACAUGGUGGUCAGCUCAUAGCAGCUGUAAGUAAGGAUGGAAACAACCAAAUGAUACUUAUUGCCUAUGCUGUAGUGGAGUCUGAAACAAGAGAUUCCUGGAAAUGGUUUGUUGAACUAUUAUUGGAAGAUCUUAAUCAACUUAUCCCUAGACUAUUAUUGGAAGAUACAUGUGCGUCACACGGAUAA